AUGCUAUCGUCGAGAAUUAAACCGGAUGAUGAUGACGAUGACAGAGAAUCAUCGAUGCCCGGAGAUUAUGAACCGAUGGGCAGAAGUGCAGAACGCAUUGCACCACCACGGAAGCCUUUACCAGUUCGUCCAACCGCCGCUCCAACGUCUCGAUCGCGACCGAGACCUCCAUCUCUUUCACCGACGAGACCUGCAGCAAGACGACAACCUACGGAACGAGCGCGUUCGCCAAUAAGAGCUCGUCGAGCAAGACGACGUUCGUUAACUCCACAAAUUGUCAUUGAUCGACGAAAUCGUCGUCACGGGUCGUCGCGACGAGGUCGAGUCAUACGGAUUCCGUUAGACGAUCGGCCAACACUUGGUUUACGUGGACCACCGACGCAAAUAUUAGAGCUCGAACGUGUUCGAUGCCGGCGACGUCGUCGCCGUCGUCGAAAGAAACAUCGUUCGCAUUGCCACGAACCUAAACACAAUGAUCUUCUUCUUCAACAGCCACCAUCAAACAUUAUAAUGCCUAAUCCAAUGCUGAAUCCAUCUCUGCCAUUAAAUAACAAUCAAAAUUCAUUCAUAAGCUUCUUGUCAAAUUUAACACCGCAAGCAAUAGAACGUUUACCAAAACAAACCGUUCACUUACCACCUAUACAUUUACCAGGCAGCCAAGCGAAUACUGACACUGAACUCAAUACAGUCAUAUUUCCUGCUGAACUAAUCAAUCCUAUCGAUGGAACUUUGUCUGUUAUUCAAGCAAAUCCAACAGCAAACGCAAUCAAUCCAGUAUUAAUAAAUAGUUCAGUGCCAAUUGCAGCUCCGACACAACAACAAAUAAUUAAUGUUCCAGCGCCUGCUACAACACUACAAAACUAUGUCGCGACAGCAUCAGACCCAUUUCUAAGACAACUUGAAGAUCUCGUACAACGAGUAACUCUUUCUCAAGCCCAAUCAACAUUGCCAUCUUCUGUACCACAAUCAAGUUCACCACCGACUUUCCGUAUGGAUCCAGCUGCUAUUCGCCCAGCUACUAUACCAAAUCAUCCGCCCACAUAUCCAUCCGUGUACACACCAGCCAGUCGAGGUAAUACUGUACCAUAUCGUUUACCAACUAACACAUCGUUUCAAUCAUCUUCAAAUAUGCUAAACAGACGUGCAGGCAUGACACCUAGUCGUCCAAACAAUCCUCCAAUCUUUCAACCGAGACAUGAAGCUCCUUCGCCUACAUCAGACAUUGGUCCAUAUCGUCCAGCAAAUAUUACACCGUAUAAUGCUGCACCUAAUCGUUCUGUUACAAACUCAUCGUUAUUUUCCUCGGCUCCUCCGGGCAUGGCUCCUCGUCAUCCGCCUUCUUCUGAAGGUUCCUAUUCACAUAGUCCAGGAACUAAUACAGUCAACACGCCAACUCCUUAUCGACUACCGGACAAUUUCAUGCCGAGAUCAAUUCUUCGCAACGGAACAUCCAAUACUCAAGUGAACACGACUUAUACCCGUUUAAAUCCAGCGAGUGUUUCAUCUACUCAAAACAAUGCUCGUAAAAAAACAACAUUCGCCUAA